AGAGCAUAACCAGCAGGGAGUACAGAGCAUCGCUUAUUUGCCGACAUGUAAAUACACACACAUACUUACCAAGCAAGGGAGACACCGACUUGGUAAUCACCUUGGAGAUCAAGGGGCACCCGGCAUUUCCAUCGGGAGGUAGAUCUGAAGAUCCCGAUGAGGCUUCAACGAUGCCCAGUAUCACGACGCUGGGAACGGAACCGCCCUGCGGUGUUAUUGUUGCACAACAAGCAAGACCUAGCCGACUUGUCAGGUUACGUGAACACGGCUAAGGCUGUUUACACACUACAGCCUCCAUAGCAACCGUGUUUAUUCCAUAUCAUCAUCCAUCUCAAACAGAAGUAUUCCCCUUCGGACUAUUCAACAUUGGUAGGAUCGACACGGCGGUACAUACCCGGGAGGCCAACCCUAGCACACCAUGUGAGUCAAGCCUUGGAACUGUCUCCGAGGAGAUAAUCCUGCUUCGAAUCGGGCAGGGUAGCGCGAGACACAAAGUCCGACGCCAUAGGCGAAGAGGAGGCAAACCAGACGCCACAGGUCUCUUUGUAUUACGGGCCAUUCACGAGGGAUAUACUUAUAAAAGAGCUUUUCCUCUCCCAUAUCUAAAGCCAAGUCAUCGUAUCUGUCUACUCUGAAAUGCAACAGCCGCAAGAUACCGAUACUCUCCGUCGUUAAAUCAGUCACCAUGCACUUCGUUACAAACUCGCUCUUCAUGGCUUCCGUGGCCAUGGCCCACGUCGCUCAACAAGCGCCACGCGACCCUAUGAUCACGCCCGCACCCGUGCUCAGGGAGCGUCAAUCCUGGCAAGACGACGUCUCUGAGGCACUCGCGGGGGCCAGCGCAGCGCAAGCAGCCGCUGGCUCCGCCGCCGAUCGAGGUGAUUGGCAACCAGCGCGAAACUCGGCGCUAGCUAUCGCCAACUCGGCCCAGGCCGCCGCCAGCGCUGUUGCCGCCAACCAUGCCGGGAAGCGCGAGCUGGAGCCGCGCCAGUGGUGGAAGAGCAUUCAAAACGCCGGCGAAGCGGUCGGUAGCGAGGCGGCUGCCCUCGGCAACAGUAUCGCCCGGCAGUUCGACCCCCGUCAGGACUGGCGCUCUGAUGUUGACUCGGCCAGGAGCCUGGCCAGUUCGUGGGCCAAUGCCGGGUCUUCGAUCGCGAACUCAUGGGAGUCGGCCGGAUCCAGUAUUGCCAAUUCGUGGGAGUCGUACGCAUCCAGCGUCGCCGACUCGGCAAGAAGCUACGCUUCGGACGUAGUGUCGUCCGCUGUGGGCAGCGCAGAGUCUGCCGCCGCCACCGCCGGCCAAGCUGCCGUAUCCUCUGCCAGCGCGGCUGUCGCCAGCGCCGAGAGCGUGGCCUCUACCGCUACCGGCAGCGACCGGGCAGCGGCCUCAUCCGCUGUCCAGAGCGCCCACUCCGUUGCGUCUUCCGCUGCGGCGGCCGCGACGGCGUCGUCAACUCAAGCCUAUGCUUCCGCGACCUCUUCGCCUACCGUCAACGCCGCCCCCGGUCCGUUCCAGCUGUCGUCUGCGUUGGUGAGCACUAGCGUCGCCGCUGUUGCUGUCCUAGUCGGCGCCAUCAUGCUGUAGAUUGGCAGCCUGUCACUCGAGAUCAACACACAAGACAACGGAAGGACAUUUGCACCAUUAUAUAAUUCUAGGAGAACCUGUUAGGGAUUAGGGCAACAUGGACAGGUUUAGAUAAACCGGGACAAGACAUGGGUUAUAGACACGAUAGUAUGAUCAUAAUGAAUUUGGCACAAUUUUCCCCGUGC